UUCAAAGUACGCAAAUGUUGGGCCAGUUCUCGUGACCUUCCUCGGGAGACCGAGGCCCAGAGCACAGCGCGGAGGGGAGGGGUCGGCCGGGAACCAGGGCGGGGAGCGCCGACCCGAUGACUCAGGGUGGCGAGGCCGGUUUGGGGCUCCAGGCCGCCGGGGUGGGGGAACUGCGGCUCGCGCGCGCGCCAGUGCGCGGGGAACAGGUCGGCCAGCGCCGCUGCGGGAGGGGGAGGCUCCCUGGAUCUCCCCAGCUGGGUUCACGCGUGGGGGGAUCCCCGCCGCCCAGUUGAGGAGCUGCGCCCGGGAGGUGGGCCCCAGAGUCGUGCCCAUUUUGCAGACCGGGAAAUCAACGCCCGGAGCGGUUCAGGCCCCUGCGCAAGGUCCCACGCCUGGACGGUGGUUAAGUCUCGUUAGAACCCAGGCGACCCGCCUAUCUCCGGGACUUGCUGCCCGACGGACACGACUGACGCCUGGGAGCCGCCCCUCGCCCGCUGCCCGGGCUCUUGGGGGCCCAGGCCCCGCCGUCGUCACGGCAACUGAGGGCCAAUGGGGAGCGGACAGACGGGAGGAGGCCCCGCCCAGCCCCCGCCCCCGGCGGGGGGCCCUGGGCUAUAAGGGCGGGAGGCCCGGCCAGACGAGCAGGGUCCGCCGAGCGCCCGGCGCGCCGAGUUCUGAGGUUUCGCCGCGCGCAGAGCCCAGAGCCGCGAGGGCACACGCAGCAGCCGCCAUGUGCGGAAUUUUUGCCUACAUGAACUACAGAGUCCCCCGGACGAGGAAGGAGAUUUUUGAAACCCUCAUCAGGGGCCUACAGCGGCUUGAGUACAGAGGCUAUGACUCGGCAGGUGUGGCAAUCGAUGGAAAUAAUAAUGAAGUUAAAGAAAGGCAUAUCCAGCUUGUCAAGAAGAAAGGAAAUGUCAAGGCUCUUGAUGAAGAACUUUACAAACAAGACAACAUGGACUUAAAGGUGGAGUUUGAGACUCACUUUGGCAUCGCUCACACACGCUGGGCAACCCACGGGGUCCCCAAUGCUGUCAACAGCCACCCACAGCGCUCAGACAAAGCCAAUGAAUUUGUUGUCAUCCAUAACGGGAUCAUCACCAAUUACAAAGACCUGAGGAAAUUUCUGGAAAGCAAAGGCUACGAGUUUGAGUCAGAAACAGAUACAGAGACCAUUGCCAAGCUGAUUAAAUAUGUGUUUGACAACAGAGAAACUGAGGACAUUACGUUUUCAACACUGGUUGAGAGAGUCAUCCAGCAGUUGGAAGGCGCAUUCGCAUUGGUUUUCAAGAGCAUCCACUACCCAGGAGAGGCAGUUGCCACAAGGAGAGGCAGCCCCCUGCUCAUUGGAGUGCGGAGCAAAUAUAAACUUUCCACAGAACAGAUCCCCAUCUUGUAUAGGACGCGCAAUUUUGAGAAUGUGAAGAAUAUCUGUAAGACAAGGAUGAAGAGGCUGGACAGCUCGACCUGCCUUCAUGCCGUAGGCGAUAAAGCAGUGGAAUUCUUCUUUGCUUCAGAUGCAAGUGCUAUCAUAGAACACACCAAUCGGGUCAUUUUCCUCGAGGAUGAUGACAUCGCUGCAGUGGCUGAUGGGAAACUCUCCAUCCACCGGGUCAAGCGUUUGGCUAGUGAUGACCCAUCCCGAGCAAUCCAGACCUUGCAGAUGGAAUUGCAACAAAUCAUGAAAGGUAACUUCAGUGCAUUUAUGCAGAAGGAGAUCUUCGAACAGCCAGAGUCAGUUUUCAAUACGAUGAGAGGCCGGGUGAAUUUUGAGACCAACACAGUGCUCCUGGGUGGCUUGAAGGACCACUUGAAGGAGAUACGGCGAUGCCGACGGCUCAUUGUGAUCGGCUGUGGGACCAGCUACCACGCCGCCGUGGCUACACGGCAAGUUUUGGAGGAACUGACCGAGCUCCCAGUGAUGGUUGAACUUGCUAGCGAUUUUCUGGACAGGAACACGCCUGUGUUCAGGGAUGACGUUUGCUUUUUCAUAAGCCAGUCAGGCGAGACGGCUGACACCCUCCUGGCGCUGCGUUACUGUAAAGACCGGCGGGCGCUGACCGUGGGCGUCACCAACACUGUGGGCAGCUCCAUCUCCCGAGAGACUGACUGCGGGGUCCACAUCAACGCGGGACCAGAGAUCGGCGUGGCCAGCACCAAGGCGUAUACCAGCCAAUUCAUCUCCCUGGUUAUGUUCGGUUUGAUGAUGUCCGAAGACCGAAUUUCACUACAAAACAGAAGGAAAGAGAUCAUCCACGGCUUGAGAUCUUUACCUGAACUGAUCAAGGAAGUGUUGUCGCUGGACGAAAAGAUUCACGACCUGGCCCUGGAGCUCUACACGCAGAGGUCGCUCCUAGUCAUGGGGCGGGGCUACAACUACGCCACGUGCCUGGAAGGGGCGCUGAAAAUUAAAGAGAUAACCUACAUGCACUCAGAAGGCAUCCUGGCUGGGGAGCUGAAGCACGGGCCCCUGGCACUGAUCGACAAGCAGAUGCCCGUCAUCAUGGUGAUAAUGAAGGACCCUUGCUUUGCUAAAUGCCAGAACGCCCUGCAGCAGAUCACAGCCCGCCAGGGUCGCCCAAUUAUACUGUGCUCCAAGGAGGACACUGAAAGCUCCAAGUUUGCGUAUAAAACAAUCGAGCUGCCCCACACAGUGGACUGCCUGCAGGGCAUCCUGAGUGUGAUUCCGCUACAGCUCCUCUCCUUUCACCUGGCUGUGCUCCGAGGAUACGACGUUGACUUCCCCAGAAAUCUGGCCAAGUCUGUAACUGUGGAAUGAGAACAACAGCUUGAGGAGGCCAUGACCACCUGCAGUGUGGUUCAAGACCGGUCCCAGCGACGCCAAGCAGGAAGAUCAGCCAGCAUUCUGCAUGUUCUGAGUAGAUCCCAGUAGCGCUUGACAGCUUUGAUGUGCCUUUGUACCCAAGUGCUUUGCUUACAGCAGAUACUGUUUCUCUGUGUCCUGAAGUUGCCAGAGGAGAAGGGAAUCAUUGUUUACACAUGGGAUCAGAGCAGACUUUUCCACUACUGUGCAAUAGAGAUACAGCUCUUUUCAGAGUUACUGUGAACCUUUUUUAACCAACACUAGUUAGUUUUGAGAAACGAAAUAUUUAUAAUGACGAUUGUAUAGCUUCUAAGUUAUUUUUCUAGUAUGUGGCUUUCUGUAGCCAAGGUAACACCCAGACCAUGCACCCCGGCUACCUGGUGCCUCCAGGCUCCCAGAGGUGGCAUUCAUCUCAGCAGAAGGCCUUGCCCCUCUGGACUCCCCCUUUCUUGCCCUCUUUUGGCUGCUCCUGAAUCCUCUCCUAACACCAGGGAAGCCCCCUCACCAUCUCUUAUGCUGUCUCUUAAGUCCCAUCGAAAUCUCAGCAUCCUUCUACAGUUUCUUGUCUAAAUCCCUCCAACACUCCAACUUGUGUUUAAUCUGAUCGUGAACCUUUUUAAGCCCAGCCAGAAUUUUGGUCCCUACUGUUGCCCAUUGCAAACAGAUGGAAACAUCCCAUGCAAAGUAGUUUGAAGCAGGCUACCUUGCCCUCUAUUAAGAGCGUGCACUAUCAUGUACUAUGCAAUUUUAAGACAAUAAAGACACUACAAUUUUUUUUUGU